AUGACUAUGAUGUUUGGAGGGCCGGGCUUCGUUCAAAUUAAGGGCUCAAAUUCUUGGGCCGCGGGCUUGCUAUGCCUUGUUGUGGCCGUGGUCUUCACAACGGGCCUACGGCUGAUACUGCUGACAAGCAAGGAGGCGAAGGCAGCUGAAAAGAAGGCUCCACCACCAAAGCCUAAACCAGCUGCAAAAGCUCCGGCUAAGCCGCUGCCAUGGAUGAUGGAGGAAGAUAUAAUUCCUGCAUUAAGAGCAAUUUUUGAAGUUCAAGAUAACAUCUCUGAAUCAGAGCUUUCUUUCCAAGAAAACAGGUUGGAUGGUUCCUUUCUAAAGCACGGCAAUUCAUAUUCAUUUCUGGCAUUCUUUCCUGGGUCCCAAAGGGUUUUCCCUAUCCUCCAGUCCAACAGCUCAGGAGCAAGCACAGUUGAGCCCUUCCUCAUUGAUGAGAAGAAAACCACUUCACAACACGUUGUUUUCUGGGUUGAAAAGCGUUUGGCAGCUCAAGGGAUCAUCCCAGUUUGCAAAGAAUAA